CAGUUGCCCGUGCGAAGAAAAACGUGCUCAGCAACAAGUCGCUUUUUGUACGGAGUUAACACACUAAAUUCGCGACGCAGGAGGUCCAGAACUACUUCACUGGAAGCAAUUCGAAAGAUUUGGUCUGUCCAUCGUCAAGUGGUCUUUGUGUGCGUUGAAGCUUCGCAGCCUAGUUAGCUUAGCUUAUCUUGCGAACACAAAACAACGUGGUUCGACGCUUGAACCACAAGUUGGAGCUUUCUAAAGUGUUCGAAAUGCGUGCAAGAAGGACGCCAGCCGCAAAGUUCGAGGCGGAAUUUUGUGGCGCAAAGGAUCAGCGACGACUUCACCUCUCGACUGCUUGCAAUAUGCAAGUAAAAGUUGUUCUUCGCAGACUAACAGAUUUCAGCAAAUAUCUUGGUCCUGAGUGGCAGGAGUCAGAGUCUCCUGUCGUUAAAGAGAAAGUUGAGCACCUGCAAAUGAAACAGGAAGAGCCAGAGCACCCUCAACAGCAAGAGAGAGAAGUACAACCUCCAAUCAAAAAGGAGGACUUUAUCACUAUGUCAAGUGGUGAGCCCUUGAAUAGCGAGUACGGUCCGAGUGAGGCCAGCAGAGGGACAGAGCCUCCAGGCAGCAGCUCAACAGAAGGAUUGCAAGCACACAUUUUCAUCGCACCAUCAGAUAGAAAUGGAAUCACGUCACACUCACCUUACAAAGAAGAUGGUCAUAAGAAAUCGCACCGUAGAAAAACCUUUGCUCAUAACUAUACUUGCCGUAUGCAUAUGAGGAGCCACACUGGUGAAAAUCCUCUUGUCUGCUCAGUUUGUGGAAAAAGAUUCAGUCAUAAGAGUGCCUUGAAAGUACACACAAGAACCCACACUGGUGAAAAACCUUAUUCCUGCUCAGUUUGUGGUCACAGUUUCACUGUCAAGGGAAACUUUAAUAGACACACGAGAACCCACACUGGCGAAAAACCUUUUUCCUGCUCAGUUUGUGGUCAAGGAUUCAGUCGCAAGAGUACCUUAGAAGUCCACACAAGAACCCACACUGGUGAAAAACCUUUUUCCUGCUCAGUUUGUGGUCAAGGAUUCACUCAAAUUCGCCACUUAAAAGUACACACAAGAACCCACAUUGGUGAAAAACCUUUUUCCUGCUCAGUUUGUGGUCAAAGAUUCGCUCAAAUUCACCACUUAAAAGUACACACAAGAACCCACACUGGUGAAAAACCUUUUUCCUGCUCAGUUUGUGGUCAAAGAUUCACUCGAAUUCACCACUUAAAAGAACACACAAGAACCCACACUGGUGAAAAACCUUUUUCCUGCUCAGUUUGUGGUCAAGGAUUCAGCCGCAAGAGUACCUUAGAAGUCCACACAAGAACCCACACUGGUGAAAAACCUUUUUCCUGCUCCGUUUGUGGUCAAGGAUUCAGCCGCAAGAGUACCUUAGAAGUCCACACAAGAACCCACACUGGUGAAAAACCUUUUUCCUGCUCAGUUUGUGGUAAAAAAUUCUCUGAAAAAGGCAACUUGAAAAAGCACACAAGAACCCACACUGGUGAAAAACCCUUUUCCUGCUCAGUUUGUGGUCAAGGAUUUGAUCACAAGGAUCAGUUUAAGAGACACGUGUGUGUGUUGCUUAUCUUGCGAACACAAAACAACGUGGUUCGACGCUUGAACCACAAGUUGGAGCUUUCUAAAGUGUUCGAAAUGCGUGCAAGAAGGACGCCAGCCGCAAAGUUCGAGGCGGAAUUUUGUGGCGCAAAGGAUCAGCGACGACUUCACCUCUCGACUGCUUGCAAUAUGGAAGUAAAAGUUGUUCUUCGCAGACUAACAGAUGUCAGUAAAUAUCUUGGUCCUGAGUGGCAGGAGUCAGAGUCUCCUGGCGUAAAAGAGAAAGUUGAGCACCUGCAAAUGAAACAGGAAGAGCCAGAGCACCCUCAACAGCAAGAGAGAGAAGUACAACCUCCAAUCAAAAAGGAGGAGGUAGAGAUGCCAUACGUUAAAAAGAAGGACGUUAUCACCAUGUCAAGUGGUGAGCCCUUGAAUAGCAAGUACGGUCCGAGUGAGGCCAGUAGAGGGACUGAGCCUCCAGGCAGCAGCUCAACAGAAGGAUUGCAAGCACACAUUUUCAUCGCACCAUCAGAUAGAAAUGGAACCACGUCACAUUCGCCUUACAAAGAAGAUGGUCAUAAGAAAUCGCACCGUAGAAAAACCUUUGCUAAUAACGAUACUUGCCGUAUGCAUAUGAGGAGCCACACUGAUGAAAAUCCUCUUGUCUGCUCAGUUUGUGGAAAAAGAUUCAGUCAUAAGAGUGCCUUGAAAGUACACACAAGAACCCACACUGGUGAAAAACCUUUUUCCUGCUCAGUUUGUGGUCAAAGAUUCACUCGAAUUCACCACUUAAAAGUACACACAAGAACCCACACUGGCGAAAAACCUUUUUCCUGCUCAGUUUGUGGUCAAAGAUUCACUCAAAUUCACCACUUAAAAGAACACACAAGAACCCACACUGGUGAAAACCCUUUUUCCUGCUCAGUUUGUGGUCAAAGAUUCACUCAAAUUCACCACUUAAAAGAACACACAAGAACCCACACUGGUGAAAAACCUUUUUCCUGCUCAGUUUGUGGCCAAAAAUUCACUCAGAAGAGCAGCUUAAAAGUACACACAAGAACCCACACUGGUGAAAAACCUUUUUCCUGCUCAGUUUGUGGUCAAGGAUUCAGCCGCAAGAGUACCUUAGAAGUCCACACAAGAACCCACACUGGUGAAAAACCUUUUUCCUGCUCAGUUUGUGGUCAAGGAUUCAGCCAUCAGGGUAGCUUAAAAGUCCACACAAGAACCCACACUGGUGAAAAACCUUUUUCCUGCUCAGUUUGUGGUCACCGUUUCACUGAAAAGAAAUCCUUACAAAUACACACAAGAACCCACACUGGUGAAAAACCUUUUUCCUGCUCAGUUUGUGGUAAAAAAUUCUCUAAAAAAGGCAACUUGAAAAAGCACACAAGAACCCACACUGGUGAAAAACCUUUUUCCUGCUCAGUUUGUGGUCAAGGAUUCAGCCGCAAGAGUACCUUAGAAGUCCACACAAGAACCCACACUGGUGAAAAACCUUUUUCUUGCUCAGUUUGUGGUCAAGGAUUCAGCCAUCAGGGUACCUUAAAAGUCCACACAAGAACCCACACUGGUGAAAAACCUUUUUCCUGCUCAGUUUGUGGUCACCGUUUCACUGAAAAGAAAUCCUUACAAAUACACACAAGAACCCACACUGGUGAAAAACCUUUUUCCUGCUCAGUUUGUGGCCAAAAAUUCACUCAGAAGAGCAGCUUAAAAGUACACACAAGAACCCACACUGGUGAAAAACCUUUUUCCUGCUCAGUUUGUGGUCAAGGAUUCAGCCGCAAGAGUACCUUAGAAGUCCACACAAGAACCCACACUGGUGAAAAACCUUUUUCCUGCUCAGUUUGUGGUCAAGGAUUCAGCCAUCAGGGUACCUUAAAAGUCCACACAAGAACCCACACUGGUGAAAAACCUUUUUCCUGCUCAGUUUGUGGUCACCGUUUCACUGAAAAGAAAUCCUUACAAAUACACACAAGAACCCACACUGGUGAAAAACCUUUUUCCUGCUCAGUUUGUGGUAAAAAAUUCUCUAAAAAAGGCAACUUGAAAAAGCACACAAGAACCCACACUGGUGAAAAACCUUUUUCCUGCUCAGUUUGUGGUCAAGGAUUCAGCCGCAAGAGUACCUUAGAAGUCCACACAAGAACCCACACUGGUGAAAAACCUUUUUCUUGCUCAGUUUGUGGUCAAGGAUUCAGCCAUCAGGGUACCUUAAAAGUCCACACAAGAACCCACACUGGUGAAAAACCUUUUUCUUGCUCAGUUUGUGGUCAAGGAUUCAGCCAUCAGGGUACCUUAAAAGUCCACACAAGAACCCACACUGGUGAAAAACCUUUUUCCUGCUCAGUUUGUGGUCACCGUUUCACUGAAAAGAAAUCCUUACAAAUACACACAAGAACCCACACUGGUGAAAAACCUUUUUCCUGCUCAGUUUGUGGUAAAAAAUUCUCUAAAAAAGGCAACUUGAAAAAGCACACAAGAACCCACACUGGUGAAAAACCCUUUCCCUGCUCAGUUUGUGGUCAAGGAUUUGAUCACAAGGAUCGGUUUAAGAGACACGUGUGUGUGUUGGUGUGAG